UACCCCAGAGCAAGAAGAUGAUGCUCACAAUUUUUUUGUGGACUAAAGUGGAAUUAUUUUGGAAGACAGAAAUUUAGAAAUUUGGAUACCGCGUCUGACAACUUCACAUAUAAUUAUUGGUCACGCGCUCAUUAAGGACUCUGGUAAAAUGGCAAAACUGUUUCCUGAUGCUCUUUUGUUAAUUGUGAGUUUGUUAAACAUUUUCACCGUGGGUGCAUCAGUAUCCCGGACAGGAGACCUGCACUCAUCUCCAGUCUUCUCUGAUGAUCCGAACAGUGUUUUGCAUCAGCACACAAAAGCAGAGCUCAUUUCAGCAUCACACUCCCGCACAAGAUCCAAGCGCUGCACUUGCUACUCUUUUAAGGACAGGGAAUGUGUUUAUUACUGUCACUUGGGCAUCAUCUGGAUCAACACCCCACAGCGCACAGUUCCGUAUGGCAUGUCAAGUUACCGCAGCCCUCAGCGACUGAGACGCUCCAGUGGGACAGUGAGGAUGGUACUUCAUCGCUGCACAUGUGCAGACCACAGUGAUGCCCAGUGCUACAACUUCUGUGAUGGAAGAACACAGAAUGUGCCGGACAGAAGAUCGAUAGGACAUUCACCUGGGUAAAAAUACGUCACACGUUGGGCCUAUGAGAACAGAUCAGCAUUAAACUGGGCACCCAACUAGGUACAGCUUUUGGAUUUUUACAGAUUUGGAGCGAAACCUUCCCCACAUUCCUCACCGUGUUAUAUUUCCUGGAACGACCUUGACUCAUCUGGUCCACGGUAACAAGUGAAUUCUUUAGAAAACUCUUUGCA